CUGCUGACGUGUCAGCGAUCCAAGAUGCUUCGAAAUACUAAAUCUAAUGUUGUUUCAAGAUUUCUGGACCACCACUCUUUUAGUAGCAACCUAGUUAUUUUUCUCAUUAUUAUUGUUUUUUUUAAUUUUUAAUUUGUAAUUUUUAAUUAUUAAAUAGUACCGACUCUAUAAAUUGGGAGGUGUCACGCAAAUUUCAGUCCCAAACAGUUUAUACUAAUUUCAAAUUUCAGAUAUAUAAAUUUAAAUAUUCGUCUCUCUCUCUUAAUAAAAUCUCCGAGUUUCGAAGAAUACAUUCAGGUUUCUGUCUCUAUCUCCGCCUACAAACACACACACACACACACGAAAACACACUUGUAUUCACACAGUGGGGAAAAGAAAGAAAAAAAAUAGUAACACACACACAGCACGCAAUAGUUUAUACAUACACAUCAAAGAAGAGAUCUUGAUCGAUAAAUUACGAGAAUGGGAAUAUGCAAUCGGUGGGAGUGUUAGGAAAUUCGGCAAAUUAGACGAGGAGGCAGGGGCAUUAUCGUCUUUGAGGCAUCGGAGUGAGGGUUCUUCUUCCGCGUUGCUUCGUUCUCAACACGUUUCUGGAUUUGGGGUUUAUCGUGUGAAAAGACAAAUUUGCCACUCGUGAAUCGUGAUCGGACCUAUAAAGUCAACAUAACCAUAUUUGAUUUUGAGAUAUUGAAGUGAGAAGCAGCUGUGUUUUUUUUGCUACAAAAAUGGCUUCCAAUGGAACAGUAAAAUGUCAACCGCCGAUGAAAGCGGCAUCGAACGGCGUUUUCCAAGGGGACAAUCCCCUGCAUUUCGCUCUUCCGUUGUUGAUCAUACAAAUAUGCUUGGUCGUCGUUCUUACGAGGGUGCUCGCGUAUUGUCUAAGGCCACUCAGGCAACCGCGCGUCGUUGCCGAGAUUAUCGGAGGAAUUCUACUAGGACCUUCGGCUUUAGGGCGAAACCAGAAAUACCUGCACGCUGUUUUCCCGCCUCAAAGCCUCACGGUUCUCGAUACGAUAGCCAAUCUUGGUCUCCUAUUCUUCCUAUUCCUCGUAGGGCUCGAGCUCGACCCAAAAGCUCUCCGACAAACCGGUAAAAAAGCACUAAGCAUCGCCCUAGCAGGAAUCACUCUCCCGUUUGCAUUAGGUAUCGGCACUUCAUUUGUCCUUAGAGCAACUAUUUCCGAAGGAGUAAGCCAAGGCCCAUUUCUCGUGUUCAUGGGAGUUGCCCUCUCGAUCACGGCUUUUCCAGUCUUGGCUCGUAUUUUAGCCGAGCUCAAGCUCUUAACAACCGAUGUAGGCCGAAUGGCCAUGUCAGCAGCAGCGGUUAACGACAUCGCAGCUUGGAUUCUACUUGCUCUGGCAAUAGCACUUUCCGGCACGGGGCGUUCGCCCCUCGUCUCUAUCUGGGUUUUCCUAUGUGGAUCCGGCUUCGUAAUCCUCUGCAUAUUCUUGGUCCCACCUGUUUUCAAACAACUAGCAAAAAGAUGCCCUCAGGGCGAGCCGGUGGACGAGAUUUACAUAUGUGCCACUCUGGCGGCUGUUUUGGCGGCAGGGUUUGUUACCGAUGCAAUUGGAAUCCACGCGCUUUUCGGUGCUUUUAUUCUCGGUGUUCUUGUGCCAAAAGAGGGUCCGUUUUCCGGUGCUCUUGUUGAGAAAGUGGAGGAUCUUGUCUCGGGUUUAUUUCUUCCUUUGUAUUUUGUGUCGAGUGGAUUGAAAACUAAUGUGGCCACCAUUCAAGGAGCUCAGUCGUGGGGCCUACUUGCGUUGGUUAUAUUUACCGCGUGUUUCGGGAAAAUUGUCGGCACUGUUGUGGUUUCUCUCUUGUGCAAGAUUCCUCUCAAAGAGGCGCUGACUCUCGGUUUUCUGAUGAACACUAAAGGCUUAGUCGAACUCAUCGUACUCAACAUCGGAAAAGACAGAGGGGUUUUGAACGAUCAAGCUUUCGCAAUCAUGGUUCUGAUGGCUUUGUUCACGACAUUUAUUACGACACCUAUCGUCGUGACAAUAUACAAGCCGGCCCGGAUGGCUAGAUCGGAUUACAAACACAGAACUAUUCAGCGAAAGGAAAGUCAAACUCAGCUCAGAUUGUUGACUUGUUUCAACAGCACGAGAGAUAUUCCGAGCUUGAUCAAUCUCAUAGAAGCCUCACGUGGUACCGGAAAACGCGAGGGAGUACUCCGUGUCUACGCAAUGCAUCUCAUGGAGCUCUCGGAGAGGUCGUCCGCUAUACGUAUGGCUCACAAGGCGAGGAAAAACGGGAUGCCGUUUUGGAACCGGGUCAAAGAUUCCGACCCGACCCAAAUCGUCGUCGCCUUCGAGGCCUUUCAGCAUCUAAGCCAAGUGUCGGUUCGACCGACAACCGCGAUAUCGUCCAUGUCAUCAAUGCACAUCGACAUUUGUAAUAGUGCAACGAAAAAGAAGGUGGCGAUGAUAAUUCUCCCGUUUCACAAGCACCAACGGGUCGACGGGUCAUUUGAGACUUCACGGGUAGGGUUGAGGCAUGUGAACAAACGGGUUCUCGAGCACGCCCCGUGUUCGGUUGGGAUUUUUGUUGACCGGGGGCUCGGCGGAACUUGUCAAGUAGCUGCGAGUAAUGUGGAUUAUAAUAUAACGGUCUUUUUCUUCGGUGGGCGUGACGACCGUGAGGCUGCAUCGUACGGGCGGGUCAUGGCGGAGCAUCCCGGUAUCCGUCUGGACAUUGUCCGUUUCGUUGUGGGCCCGGGUGUCGGUGGAGAUUCGGUGCGGGUGGAUAUUGGUGGUGGUGGUGAUGAAUCAAGAUCGGCUGAUGAAGUGUUUAUCGCGGAAUUCGAGUCGAAAGUGUCGAAGGAUAAUGGUUCGAUCAGGUUUGAAGAGUUUGAGGUGAGCGGUGCAUCGGAGGCGGUGGAGGUGAUGCGGCGGUACAAUCGGAGUAAUCUGAUUGUGGUGGGGAGAGUGGCGGAGGGGGAAUUAGUUGAAGCGCUUAAGGGAAGAAGCGAAUGUCCGGAGUUAGGAGCGGUGGCGAACUUGUUGAUUGGUUCGCCGGAGUUUACAGCGUCGGUGUUGGUGGUGCAGCAGUUUUGCGGCCAACUCACCGGAGAUUCUCUGAGAACUCUGAAACAGGGAGAUGCGCCGGAGGCUGAGGGGGAAUCUGAUUCACACUGAUUAUAUGUAAUUGUUUGUUCAUUCUCAAGAAGAAGAUGUGAAUAAGUGUACAAUCACUUCAAAUAUUCUUAUAACAGAAAAAACCACUUACAAUAU